AUGAGUUGCGACGAAGACGGCGAUGACCUGAAACGGAAGGUCGCCUAUGUUUUUAGCCAGGAAUACAUUGAAAAGUGCGACUCUUUAUCCAAAGUGCCACAGCGGGCGAGUAUGGUGCACUCACUUAUAGAAGCUUAUGGACUCCUUCAACAUAUGAGUAUUGUGAAGCCUCAAGUGGCCACCAUGGAGGAGAUGGCCCAGUUCCACUAUGACUUCUAUUUGGAGCAUCUUCGCAAGAUUAGUCAGGACGGAGACAAUGAUGACCCGCGCUCCAACGAUUUUGGCCUGGGUUACGACUGCCCGGUGGUGGAGGGCAUCUAUGACUACGCAGCAGCAGUGGGAGGGGCUACGAUUACAGCCGCCAAGUGUCUGGUGGACCAAACGCACCACUUGGCGAUCAACUGGGCGGGCGGGUGGCACCACGCCAAGAAAGACCAGGCAUCGGGGUUCUGCUACAUCAACGACGCCGUGUUGGGAAUUCUCAAGCUGUGCGAAAAAUUCGACAGAGUGCUUUACGUGGACGUGGAUUUGCAUCACGGAGACGGUGUGGAGGAAGCCUUCAACUUCACGUCCAAAGUCAUGACGGUGUCCCUGCACAAAUUCUCUCCUGGAUUUUUCCCAGGUACAGGCGACGUCACCAACGUGGGCUUGUGCCGAGGCCGCUGGUACACGGUCAACGUCCCGUUUGAGGACGGCAUCCGAGACGACCGAUACUACCAAGUCUUUAGCAGCAUCAUGCAGGACGUGCACGCUUGCUUCAACCCGGACGCGGUGGUCAUGCAACUGGGCGCCGACACCUUGGCGGGCGACCCCAUGUGCUCCUUCAACAUGACGCCCAUCGGGGUUGCCAAGUGUCUGCAGUACGUGCUACAGUGGCGCUUGCCCACGUUGCUGCUAGGAGGAGGGGGUUACAACCUGGCCAACACGGCACGCUGCUGGACCCACCUGACGGCGACGCUGUUGGGAAAGAACCUCUCCUCGGAAAUCCCGGACCACGAGUAUUUUACAGAGUACGGCCCCGACUAUUCGCUAGAGAUUAGCCCGAGCUGCCGACCCGACCGCAAUGAGGCCAAACACCUGGACCAAGUGGUCGCCACCGUCAAAAGUACGUGA